CGCAAUUCAUCGAUUAACGUCGUGUGUAGAACACUUCUCGCUUGUGCUGGAAUAGCCCAUCCAACGCGAGGGAGGUGCACUUACUAGCACGAUACAGUGCAUCGAAUUUUUUAAAUCUUAUCUCGAGUAGGGCCGAUGAGGAAAUUUUUGGCCCUUUCCGGAUUUUGCUUGUGUAAAGCAGUGAGCACACACGCCGAAGAAACCACGGCCAUAAAUGUGCUUAGUUUGUUUGGAGAUAAAGCGAAGAAAAACGAACUGCUCUAGUUUUGUUCUUCACCCGGAUAAGUUUCAUCAUUGCCGGAGGGUGGAACACGACCCUAACGGACACACCAUGAUUCACUCGCAGAUGGAAGAUGCUCAGUACGAGAUCCGCCAGCAAGUGCUGAAUCCUAACCAGCGUCAGCAGCUAGAAGAUAGACGCCGUAUCAAGGAGCAAACGGAUCUGUUGGCGCAGGACAACGAAUCACCGACGCACCUGUACGGACGAAGACGAAAAAUCAACACGGAUGUGAAUCUACUGGACAAGCAUGAUUCGUUUUACCAUACCACCAAAAGCCUUCUGGUGCUGUUUCAAAUUAUGGGCGUCAUGCCGAUCAUGCGAAGUCCGCCGAACGUGGACAUGCCGCGCACCACCUUCACCUGGUGCUCGAAGGCAUUCCUUUGGGCAUACCUCAUUUACGCCUGCGAAACUAUCGUUGUGCUUGUAGUGGCCCACGAGCGUAUCAACAAGUUCAUCUCAACAAGCGACAAACGAUUUGACGAAGUCAUCUACAAUAUCAUCUUUAUGUCAAUCCUGGUGCCUCACUUUCUACUACCGGUAGCUUCAUGGCGCAACGGAUCGGAGGUGGCCAAAUUCAAGAACAUGUGGACGGACUAUCAGUACAAGUAUCUGAUCGUCACGGGGAAGCCGAUCGUUUUCCCCAAGCUCUAUCCCAUCACGUGGGCGUUGUGUAUCUUCUCGUGGACACUGAGCUUUAUCAUCAUCCUAUCGCAGUACUAUCUGCAGCCGGAUUUUCAAUUCACUCAUACCUUCGCCUAUUUUCACAUUGUAGCAAUGCUAAAUGGAUUCUGCAGUCUUUGGUUUGUCAAUUGCACCGCUUUCGGUACUGCAAGCAAGGCAUUCGCCAAAGAGUUAACGGACGUCCUGACCACCCAGCGUCCCGCGGCCAAGUUGACCGAGUACCGUCAUCUAUGGGUCGAUUUAAGCCACAUGAUGCAACAGCUAGGUAAAGCUUAUUCGAACAUGUACGGUAUAUACUGCCUGGUGAUAUUCUUCACCACAAUUAUCGCCACCUACGGCGCACUGAGCGAAAUUAUCGAGCAUGGAGCAACCUAUAAGGAAGUCGGUUUAUUUGUCAUUGUUUUCUAUUGUAUGAGCUUGUUGUUCAUCAUCUGCAACGAGGCCCACCACGCUUCGAAAAGGGUUGGACUGAAUUUUCAGGAACGUCUGCUGAAUGUUAAUUUGACGGCCGUUGACAAAGCGACCCAGAAGGAGGUGGAAAUGUUUCUAGUCGCCAUCGAUAAAAAUCCACCAACCAUGAAUCUCGAUGGCUACGCCAAUAUCAAUCGAGGAUUAAUCACGUCGAACAUUUCCUUUAUGGCCACUUACUUAGUGGUCCUGAUGCAAUUUAAGCUGACUCUACUGCGGCAGAGCGCCAAGAACGCAUUUAUCUCAUCGCUGAAAGCAAUAUUCGACGACUCGGAUAUUCCAGUGUGCGAUGAAUUCUUCGAGGAGGAAGCUGCAAGUGAAGAUGGAACAUGAGAUAGAAAGAAACGGGGAAACGAUCGUACAUGUUGGUUUUCGCGCUUGCGCACUACUGUCACACAUUUUACGCAGUAGGCUGCGACGGGAGUCAGUGCAUAGUUCAUUUCGUGCAGUUUGUUGGUGGCGAAGAUCCGUGGGGCCGUGGGCCGUAUUCGUACGUUUUCCAUCAGCAAUACGACAACCGGUAACAACGCCGUCAAGCGCCAGGAUCAAACAUCAAAACAUGCAUCACCGGCCACCAGUGACUGGACCCGAUCUUUAAGCAUUUGGUGCGCAAAUAUUAUCAAGGAAGUUAGACAAGUGCUGGAUGACUUCGAAUUCGCAACAUUGGCUGGGCGCUGCGACUGUGCGAACGAGUAUGAUCCCAUGGGAGGGCGACCUGCUGUUGACCGAUCCGGGGCCCCUCUACAAGGUGUUUAAACUGGUAGAGAUCGUUCGUAAUUAUGAGGACAAAAGGUACCAGGAUUUCUUAGCUCGCCCCAUCGCAUGAGCUGGUGCUGUGAUCGGCCAACUCUUGGCAGCAAAACAUCCAAUGCUUCAACAAGGACAACAAUCUGCUAAACACCAUUUUCGUCAAUCAUAAUUUACAAAAGCCCAAAGUAUCCACGGCGGAAAUGUUGUUCGGUAUACCGUUGCGCGAUACGGGUGUGAAGCACUAUGCGAUGCGUGUCCGGCCGAUUCACGUAUCCUGCGAGAGAACAAUCCUUACUUCAUCGAAUCGUUGAGGCAGAAACUAAUCUGCGCCUAUCCACUGCACCAGACGGAAACCGAGGCAGCGACCGAUCUUGAGAACGGUGAACGGGCAGAGAAAGUACCACCGUCACCAGCGUCACCGCAAUCCAUCAUGUACCUGUUCUACCCAGGAGAGUUCAACUGGAAAGAGGUGUUGCAUGGCGUUCUGUGUGCUCUUCAGCAACGUCUUCUCGGUGCGCAAAAUCGAAGCCAUCCGUUCCCUGCUCAUGCUCGCUUCCUGUGCGGUGCUCACCGUCCCCGGGAUCCUCAUGGUGUCUCUCGGAUUGUGUUUUUUCGGCCUUACCCGUCAGCUUCCAGUCGAAGGGAGCCUAUCCAUAUCUGGUGAUACUGGUCGGGCUGGAAAUCGUACUCGUACUCGUACCAAGAGCGUCAACGUAAAGUUUCGGGUGGCGCAGGGCCUCAGCCGGAAAGGUGGUCGAUCACGAAGAUGCUGACAUGUUGACCAAGAUUACCAUCCUGACGGGCGGCCUGCCAAUGUUUGUGCCGGUCAUUCAGGAGUUCAGCAUCUUCGCGAUCGUGGGCCUCGUGUGGGAUUUUGUGCUGCAGAUGCGUACUAAUAAUGUUCUAAAUGUAAUGUAGCAAUAAUAUUGUAA